AUGGCAUCCAGCCCAAGUGCCGCCACCAAGCCCCUCCUCUUAGUGUUUGGCCCUCUGCCGCUGUCGAUAGACAUAAGCACCAUAUCUGGCAUAUGUGAACUUGCAAAUAAUUCCAAUCAGGGCUGGCUACUGGACAUCUCAUUUAACCUUGUUAAGGACUACAGCACAGCACGCCCCGUCCUCUCCUCGCUCGGCCAAGACAAGUCAUGUCACGAGACUGGUGCUGCGCAGCUGGAUAGCCUCAGCCGGUUCGUGGAUAGGAACGCGACCGCACAAGAGAGGGCAAGAGCGGCGAGAUCGAUAUCCUUUCCGCUCGCCAACAAGCUUCUCAUCCCACUCGUGCUCGUAGCCCAGCUGGCGCAGUAUGGCGAGUUCUUGGUCCGCGCUGGCAUGGGCCACGGCCUACAGUCCUCAGGGCCAGAGUCCAGCGACUCGGUACAGGUCGAGGCGGUCGGCUACUGCGUUGGUCUUUUGAGUGCCUUUGUCGUCACGAGUUCCAGGAAUGAGGCUCAGUUCAGGAUGUACGCGGCCGCAGCCAUCCGGCUUGGCAUGCUCAUCGGAAGUGUGGUGGAUAUACACGAGGGGCCAGGAGGACCCAAGUCGGGAGCGCUAAGCAUCUCGUGGCAGCAGUUGGAAGCCGAUGGCGGCGUUCCCUCUGCUCUGGAAAGCAUCCUCAAGAGCUUCCCAGAAACCUACAUGUCAAACUGGUUCGACCGAAAUAGCGCCACUGUAACCGGACCUCUGCAUACACUGCCCUCCCUGCGGCACUCCCUCAAGGCGGCAUCGAUACAGUCCACCAUCGUAUCUGGACUUCACGGCCGGUACCACGACACCCACCACACCGACCCGACCGCCAAGCUCGAGGCCUUCUGCGACGCGCACCCCGAGUUCCAGCUGCCCGACGCAUCGGCCUGCUGCCUGCCGCCACGCCUCAACGAUGGCAAGGGCGCGGUUCGCCAAGGUCGCCUGCACCAGCAUGCGUUGCGCGCCAUUCUGGUCGACACACUGCGGUGGUUCGAGACGUUUCGGACGGUUGAGCGUGAAUUUCUGCGCGACGGCGAGGUCGUCGUGUUUGGUCUCGAGAGGCCCAUACCGCCGUCCAGGGUUUCGGAGCUUGCGUCGCGCGUAAGGUACAACUACAUGAGCCGUCAUGCCGCGGGCACAGGCCCGGCCGACUACUGCUCCCCAGAUGCCACACCUUACUCAAAAGAUGACAUAGCAAUAGUCGGCAUGUCGGCAAAGGUGGCCGGCGCAGACAGCCUGGAAGAGUUUUGGGACCUUCUCUGCGCCGGCAAGUCCCAGCACGUCCCGGUACCCCGAGACCGCUUUGGCGUCUACGACAAGACCAUGCUGCGCACGCCAGACCAGUCGCGCAGGUGGUUCGCGAACCUACUCUCGGCCCCGGAGGAAUUCGACCACCGCUUCUUCGGAAAGACGCCGCGCGAGAGCGCCGCCAUGGACCCGCAGCAGCGGCUCAUGCUGCAGGUGGCGUAUCAGGCAGUCGAGCAGGCGGGCUACUUGAACAACAACAACAGCAACAACAGCAGCAGCAGUGACCGCGUCGGCUGCUUCGUCGGCUGCAGCACGUGCGACUACGAGCAAAACGUAGCCUGCCACGCGCCCACGGCCUUUUCGGCGACGGGCCAGCUGCGCGCCUUUGCGGUCGGCAGGGUGAGCCACUUUUUCGGCUGGACCGGGCCGAGCGUGACGCUCGACACGGCGUGCUCCUCGUCCGCCGUGGCCGUCCACCAGGCCUGCCGCGCCAUCCUGGCCGGCGACUGCGACGCGGCGCUGGCGGGCGGCGCCUUUGUCAUGUGCGGUCCGCAGUGGUUCCAGGACCUGGGCGCCGCGUCCUUCCUGAGCCCCACGGGCCAGUGCAAGCCGUUUGAUGCCGCCGCCGACGGGUACUGCCGCGGGGACGGCGUCGCGGCUGUUUUUCUCAAGAGGAUGGACAAGGCCCUCGCCGACGGGGAUGAGAUACUCGGCGUGAUUGGGGCCACCGUGGUGCAGCAGAAUCGAAACUCGACGCCCAUUGUUGUGCCUAACGAGUCGUCCCUGUCGGACCUUUUCAGCACGGCCUUGGACAAGGCGGGUGUCGACGCGAGCCAUGUGUCAGUGAUUGAGGCUCAUGGCACUGGGACGGCAGUUGGUGAUCCGGCCGAGUACGGCGCAAUACGACAAGUCUUUGGCGGCUCGAAACGCCAUACGCCACUCUCCCUCGGCUCCGUCAAGGGAACCAUUGGCCACACCGAGUGCACAGCAGGUGUCAUCUCGCUCAUCAAGGUCGUUCUCAUGAUGUGCACGGCCAAGAUUCCUCCACAGGUCUCCUUCAAUACCAUCAACCCGUCUCUCAAAGCUAGCCCCGCCGACAUGAUUGACAUCCAAAACACAGGGUCCGUCAAAGCCUGGGAUGUCCCAAACAAAGUAGCACUGGUAAACAGCUACGGCGCCUCGGGUUCCAACACCUGCAUCCUUGUCAAGCAGCCGCCCCGGGCUGUAAAGACAAGACUAGCGGUGAAUGUUGAGGAGAGUGGUGACCGGCAGUACCCAUUCUGGCUUUCGGCCCACGACGAGCAGGCCCUGCGGCGAUGUGCAGGAGCACUUCAAAAAUUCAUCUCCAAACUGAGGGACAAUUCAUCAGCCGGCAUUGCACCGCCGUCACUAGCAAAGAUUUCAGCAAGCGCAUCCCGCCAAAGAGACCGGACCCUCCCCCGUUCCCUCUUCACAAAAGCCUCCACGCUGGACGAGCUCGAGCGCAAGCUUCAAGCCUUUCGGGAUGAUGUCCAGCCGCACGCCGACGCUUCCACCCCCGCCCCGGUCCACAAGCCCGUCAUCCUUUGCUUCGGCGGCCAGGUGUCGACCAGCGUCGGUCUCGACCGGGACGUCUUUGACCGCACCGCCAUCCUGCGCACGCACCUGGACGAGGUCGACGCCGUGGCCAGGGCCCAGGGCGCCGGCAGCAUCUACCCGGCGAUAUUCCAGACCACGCCGCUCGCGGACCCCGUGCAGCUGCAGGUCGCGCUGCUGGCGCUGCAGUACGCGACCGCCCGCUGCUGGAUGGACUGCGGCGUGGAGCCGGCCUCGGUGGUCGGCCACAGCUUUGGCGAGUUCGCCGCGGCCUGCGUCGCCGGCGUCCUGAGCCUGCGGGACACGGUCAGGCUGGUCGCCUGCCGCGCCCGUCUCGUGCGCGAUCGCUGGGGCGCCGACAGGGGGCGCAUGCUCGCCGUCGAGGCGGACCUGGCGGACGUGCGGGACGCGGUGGCGGGCUCUGGCGGCCAGGCGGCUGUGGCGUGCUACAAUGGGCCUCGCAGCUUCACGCUCUCUGGGACCACCGCGGCCGUGGAGGCUGUUGCGAGGGACUUGGAUUUGAAAGGCCGUGCUGCUUCGGGAGCCAGCAAGUCGGUCAAGGUAAAGCUGCUGAACGUCUCGCAUGCCUUUCACAGUCCUCUCGUUGAGCCUCACCUUGUUGAGGGUCUGGGACGGUGCGCUCAGACCUUGACCUUUAGCAAACAGACUAUUCAUGUUGAAAAGGCCGUCGAGUUUGAGGCUGGAGAUGAGAGGCUGGAUGCCACAUAUUUCCCUAGCCAGAUGAGGAACCCGGUAUACUUCCAUCACGCCGUCAAGCGGCUGGCGGACAGGUACCAGAGCACGGGGGCCAUAUUCCUCGAGGCGGGCUCCGCAUCCACCAUCACCAACAUGGCCAGCCGGGUCCUCGUCGGCCAGCCGGAUGGACACUUCAAGUUCCAGCCCAUAGCCAUCACCAGCGGCGGUCCAGCAACCAAGUCUACAAAGUGCUGGGACGGCCUCGUGGAUGCAACGCUGAAUCUCUGGAGAGCCGGCGCCGGGCCAGCGACACAGUUCUGGGCACACCAUCCCCUACAAGCCAGAAGUGACCCAUCGCCGCCCUUGCUGCUCCCGCCGUACCAGUUUGAGCCCUCACGUCACUGGCUCGAUCGUCUCCCUUUUCCCGGAGACCUGCCAGGGGCUGCGGGAGAUGAGGCUAUGCACAACGCUUCGCCCAGUGGCUUGGUCUACUUCGACGGCUUGGUAGAUGGCGACAGUGACAAGAUCAGAUUCCGUGUCAACAACAAACACCCCCGCUACAAGAAGCUUAUGGAUGGCCAUUUAAUGGCUCGGACAGCUGCAGUCUGCCCCGUCUUUGUGCAGCUGGACCUUGUUGUUCAGGCUCUAAGCAUGACCAUUUGCACACCUCCCGGCCUUCAGGAUAACCGAGACAGCAGCAGUUUACUCUCUGCACUGGGAAAACAGCCCCUUAUCUCCGACGUGGUCUGCUCCGCACCCCUCUGCGACAACCCGGAUCAAAUGGUCUGGCUUGAGAUGCCGCCCGCUUCGACGCAGUGUAGUCUUCUUCGCUCCAAGAACAAUGGUGAUGAUCGAUAUGUCGACCGAGACCAUGGCGACAGGUCCGAGUUCCACUUUGAGGUUUACAGCACCGACAAGCUCGAAUCGGCUUCGGGCCCCGGUCUUCACAACAAAAUCGUGCACACGACGGGAAAAAUCACCCUCGCCUCCCGCGGCGACCCGGCAGUCGGACGAGAAGUGGCGCAGUUUGCACGCCUCGUCGACAUGGGCCAGGUCGAGCGGCUGCUGCACGGCAGCGCCAUGGACCUGGACAACAGCCUCUCGCACAACAGCGUCUACCACAUGUUUGAGGACGUGGUCGAGUACUGCGCCGAGUACCGUGGCAUCCAAAGACUGAUAUCCCGCGACAGGCAGACCGCAGCCAUCGUCAACCGCCGACUCGACGACGACGACCACGCGGGGCAGGCGUCGUGGAUCAAGCCCUGCACGGCGGACACGCUGGCGCAGGUCGCCGGGAUGUGGAUGAACUGCCUGGCCGUGGACCGGGACCCCACCUGCAUCUACGUCUUUAGCGGACUGGAGCGGUGGCUGAGAGUCCCGGGCCCGGAGGACCAUCGUCCGCCGUCUGACAUGCAUGUGCUGGCGACGCAUCACCGCACGUCCGACAGGUCGGCCGUCAGUGACGUGUUUGCUUUCGAUGCUUCGACCGGGAAGCUGCUCGAGGUCAUGCUCGGGGUGAGCUGGGCCAAGGUGCCUCGGUCCAACAUGCAGAGGACGCUUGCACGUUGCGCUGGGGCUAGCCGUCCCGAGCCAACACGACAUAUGCCCAAGUCGCACUCGGCAGUGACGGUACCUUUUGCAAACACUGCCGACCACGGACGGCCCGAGGCGAGACACGCUGCCAAGUCUGACUCUGCGGCGACAGGGAGCGCAAAGAAGCAGGAAGUUGCACGCACGCUCAUCAAUAUCCUAGUCCAACUCUCAGGCCUCGAUGCAUGCGACGUCACCCACGACAGCGAGCUUGUAAAUCUCGGUAUCGACUCGCUCAUGAACAUGGAACUGGCGUCUGAUAUCCGAGGUGCCCUGAAGCUCGAGGUAGACGAGGGCGCCCUGAUGGAAGCGAGGACCGUUGCUGAGCUGAUUUCAUAUGUGCAAAAUCUCGUCGAAUUACAGAGUCCAAGCACUCGUAAGCCUCCAUCAGGUUUGUUGGUUACCGGGCAUUCUUUUCAUCAGAGCCCAAAGUCUGAAGAGUCCAUCCUGGCGUCGACGGUUUCGGCAGUCGAUGCGUAUAGUGCCGACACGAGUCCAACCAGGUCAGAACCGGACCUUUCCACGCCGCUCUGGCCCCCGUCGUCUGCCGUGGUGAUGGACUACGUCCGCACCAUGACCCAAGGCUGGGCCACCCCUCUAGAACUAGAAGCCGCCACCAAGCAAUCCACCGGACCCAGAGCCGCGAGGACACAAGACCGCGUGGUGGUGGUGACGGGCGGCACGGGCGGUCUAGGCGCGCACCUGGUAGCGAGACUCGUCACGGACCCCAGCGUCGCGCGCGUCAUCUGUCUCAACCGCCGCAAGCCCCACAGCGACGCCGCCGCGCGCCAGCACCAAGCCGUCCUGGCCAAGACGGGCCUGGACCUCGACGACCCGCGCCACUCCUCGGCCAGAUCCAAGCUCGUGGUCUGGGAGACGGACCUGUCGCAGCCGGCGCUGGGCCUCGACGACGCGGCCUACGAGGACCUGACGCACAGCGCCGGCGAGAUCGUGCACAACGGCUGGCUCAUGACGCUGAGCCGGGGCGUGGACGGCUUCGAGCCGCAGCUGCGCGUCAUGCGGCGCGUGCUGGACCUGGCGCGCGACGCGGCGCUGCGCCAGCCCGCCGCCGUCGUCGUCUUCCAGUUCGUGUCGUCGGUCGCCGUGGUGGGGCGGGCGCCCGCGGGCGCCGUGUGCGAGGAGCGCGUGCGCGGCGUCGAGAGCGUGCUGCCGGCCGGGUACGCCGAGGCCAAGUGGGCGUGCGAGCUCAUGGUGGACGCGACGCUGCACGACGGGCGGUGGGGCGGCGCGUUCCGGCCCAUGGCGGUGCGGCUGGGCCAGAUCGCGGCCUCGCGCGCCACGGGCUACUGGAACGCGGCCGAGCACGUCUCCUUCAUGAUCAAGUCGUCGCUGACCCUCGGGGUCCUGCCGCGGCUGGGCGGCGUGCUGUCCUGGACGCCCGUGGAAGACGUCGCCGGGACGCUGGUCGAUCUGCUCGCGGCGCCCCGGCCCUAUCCCGUCUAUCAUGUGGACAACCCGGUCAGGCAGCCCUGGGGGGACAUGAUUGCCCUGCUGGGCCAGGAGCUUGGCCUGCACGGCGAGUGCACGGUUCCGUUUGGCGAGUGGGUGCGGCGGGUGCGUGAGCUUGGCGCGGGGGCGGGCAACCCUGCCUAUGUGCUUGUUGACUUUCUCGAGGCCAACUUUGAGCACAUUUCGUGCGGCGGCAUGUUACUCGAGACCAGCCAUUCCCAGGAGCACUCUGAAACAAUGCGUCAGGUCCGGCCAUUCGAUGCAGGGUUGGUGCGUUUGUUUAUCCAGAGGUGGAGGGAAUCGGGCUUCUUGCCCUUGUAG